AUUUCGGAACAGAAGUUUCCGACCACGGUUGUCUCUUCUUCCUUCCCCCUCUCCUUCUUCCCUCUCCGAACGGAGAGAAUAAUAGAUAACCAUCGGCAUGUUCCCCCCACAUGCCCGAACAAUUCGUCCCCAUUUGCAAUUUGCAAGCCCAAUCCACCCAGAGACCCGAUGAGCCACUGAGCCAUCGAAGCCAAUAGAUUUACACCUCGCAUGGAGCCGAAAUUCAAUCAUGGCGUGUGAUCUCGCCUGAAAUCCCUACAAGAAUCCAUCCAGGAAGAAGAGGAGGAGGAGCAUAGGCAGAACAAUCCAAUUGUUUCACAUUUUCUCAUCGUCGGAGUCUCGAUAAACCUCCGCUAAAGCUCCUCUCUUAGCCCCGGUCCCCGGAUCAUCAUCUGUUCCGCCAAGAAUCCCCACCCGGUCGCUCCAAGAUCCAAUUCUUUUUGAGUGAUCCAAUCGCGAUCCCUGUGAAUUUCCUAGGCAAGGAAAGGAAGAAGCCAAGGAUCGUGUAGAGAAGCGGGGAAGAGCUUCUAUUUUUGAUCGGUUGUUGGUGGGGGAUUCGGGGCUCGCCGCUGUUUUUUUUUUCCCAACAAGGGAAGAAAGGGGAGAGAGAGAGGCACAACCGUCCGCGCCAAUGCAGCCGGACCCGAAAGGCCCUGGCAGGGGGAAGGGGGGCGGCAAUGCGCACGCGCGGCUGCCGCCGCCGGUGACGGCGCCGUCGGUGGGGCGGCCGGCGUCGGUGCUGCCGCACAAGACGGCCAACGUGCGCGACCACUACCGCAUCGGGAAGAAGCUGGGGCAAGGGCAGUUCGGCACCACGUACCUGUGCGUGGCCAAGGAGGACGGCGGCGAGUACGCCUGCAAAUCCAUCCCCAAGCGGAAGCUGCUGUGCCGGGAGGACUACGAGGACGUGUGGCGCGAGAUCCAGAUCAUGCACCACCUCUCCGAGCACCCCAACGUCGUCCGCAUCCGGGGCGCCUACGAGGACGCCCUCUUCGUGCACCUCGUCAUGGAGCUCUGCGCCGGCGGCGAGCUGUUCGACCGCAUCGUCGCCAAGGGACAUUACAGCGAGCGCGCCGCCGCGCAGCUCAUCAGGACCAUCGUCGGGGUGGUGGAGGGGUGCCACUCGCUUGGCGUCAUGCACCGGGACCUCAAGCCGGAGAAUUUCCUGUUCGCGAGCACCGCCGAGGACUCCCCGCUCAAGGCCACCGACUUUGGGCUCUCCAUGUUCUAUAAGCCCGGCGAUAAAUUUGCAGAUGUUGUUGGCAGCCCCUAUUAUGUUGCACCUGAGGUGCUCCUAAAAAGCUAUGGCAUGGAAGCUGAUGUCUGGAGUGCCGGAGUAAUUCUGUACAUUUUGCUCUGUGGUGUGCCGCCAUUUUGGGCAGAAAGUGAGUCAGGAAUCUUCAGGCAGAUUCUGCGAGGUAAACUUGACUUGGAAACUGAACCAUGGCCUAGUAUCUCUGAUAGUGCUAAAGAUCUAGUUCGUAAGAUGCUUACCCGAGAUCCUACAAAGAGACACACUGCUCAUGAAGUUCUAUGUCAUCCAUGGAUUGUUGAUGAUUCUGUAGCACCUGAUAAACCUAUUGAUUCUGCUGUUUUGUCAAGACUGAAACACUUCUCUGCAAUGAACAAACUCAAGAAGAUGGCAUUGAGGGUAAUUGCUGAAAGUCUAUCUGAGGAGGAGAUCGGUGGCUUAAAGGAAUUGUUCAAAAUGAUUGACACCGACAAUAGUGGGACGAUAACUUAUGAAGAACUGAAGGAUGGCUUGAAAAGGGUGGGCUCUGAUUUAAUGGAACCUGAAAUCCAGUCUUUAAUGGAUGCGGCUGAUAUUGACAACAGUGGAAGCAUUGACUACGGUGAAUUCUUAGCGGCUACGUUGCACGUGAAUAAACUGGAAAGGGAGGAAAAUUUGGUGUCAGCAUUCUCAUUCUUCGAUAAGGAUGGAAGUGGCUUCAUAACAAUUGAUGAGCUCUCACAAGCAUGCGAAAAGUUUGGUCUUUCUGAUGUUCAUCUUGAGGAUAUGAUGAAAGACGUGGAUCAAAACAAUGAUGGACAAAUUGAUUACAGCGAGUUUGCCGCAAUGAUGAGGAAGGGUAAUGCUGGCGGAUCUGGCACUGUUAGUGGAGCUGUUGGGACAGGAAGGAGAACCAUGAGGAACAGCCUGCUUGUGAAUCUCGGUGAUAUCUUCAGACCAGGCGAAAACUAACUCGCAUCAGAGGGUUCUGCCCUCCAGAUACACUAUUGUCUGAAGUUUUCCAAUGCUAUCAUCUGGGCCGAUCAAAAUGCGUGAUUUAGUAACGCGCCUGUUACUUGUGCCGCUGGGAUGUUGUUGAAUUUUACUAGUAGUACAUCUAAUAGUUAGAGGAGGGCUACAUGGUGUUCUCUUUUAGUGUAACAAGAUUUAGGUGCUGGACCUGGACAUAAUACGCUAUGUUGCUUAUUGCUUUCACAUUGUUGAUAAAUUCAUGUUUUGUAUCCAUACUCAACUUUGUUGUUACAUUAACGCGCAUAUUCUUGUUUGUAUUUUUCAUAAGUGUGGAGUUUUUUCCUCCCCAUAUA